AUGGAGAGAGGUGGAGCAAAGGGAAGGAGUAGGAAGAGGGGAAGACAAAGACUCAUAAAGGAAAAGCAGCGGACGACAACACAAACUUACCUCCUAUGGCUCAUAAACCUUUGCCCUCACGAGUCGCGGGAAUGGCCGCCCUCCCAGUGGUCCUGCUCCUCUGCGCUUUCACGUGUUCACAGCUGGGGCCCAGACCGAGAGCACAGAGGCGCCUGGGUCCUUACCUUCAGGGAGGAGAUGUAUCCCUGCACCAGGAUGUACUCUGUUCAUCGGCCGGCCAAGAAAUGCAUCGGAGGUUUCUGUCUCUACAGCCUGUCGCGCAUGUACGUGAUCAACAAUGAGAUCUGCACCAGGACUGUGUGCGCACAAGACGAGCACAUGAAAGCGGCCCCAGCGGAGCGGAACUGUGCCGAGAGCGCUCCGGGUGGCCGAGACGCAUCCAGCGCUCAGCUAAUCAGAAGAGGCGUUGUCGCAGUCGUCGUGGCAACCUCUGAGGCGCCCCCGGAGCUGAGCCCUCAAACUCCUCAGAAAGAAAUGUCUGCAGACCCGAAGAUCGUGGAGCUGCUCUCUGAGCUCCACCAGCUCAUCAAACAGACACAGGAGGAACGUUCUCGCAGCGAACACAACCUGCUGAACAUCCAGAAAACACAUGAGCGAAUGCAGACUGAAAACAAGACGUCUCCAUAUUACCGGACUAAACUGCGAGGUUUGUACACGACGGCGAAGGCGGACGCAGAGGCUGAGUGCAGUAUUUUACGACACGCAUUGGACAAAAUCGCGGAAGUCAAAUCGUUAAUGGAGGAAAGACGAAUCGCUGCUAAAAUGGCCGGUGUGUACAGUGACUCUGAUCCUCCGAGGAAAACAAUGCGUCGGGGCGUCCUCAUGACUCUGCUGCAGCAAUCGGCCAUGACACUUCCUCUGUGGAUCGGGAAACCAGGAGAGAGCCCCCCCCCUCUCUGUGGGGCAACCCCCGCAUCCUCAGACUACGUUGCUAAACAGGGAGAUAAAGUCGCAGCUCGAGUCAAAGUUGUGGAUGGAGACGAACAGUGGAUCCUGGCGGAGGUCGUGAGCUACAGCCACUCGGCAAACAAGUAUGAAGUGGAUGACAUCGAUGAAGAAGGCAAAGACCUCAGUCUCACUCUCUCCCCUCCUCUAUCCCCCAGUCUCAGUCUCAUCCUCUCCCACAGCCUCAGUCUCACCCUCUCCCCCAGCCUCAGUCUCACCCUUUUCCACAGCCUCAGUCUCACCCUCUCCCCCAGCCUCAGUCUCACCCUUUUCCACAGCCUCAGUCUCACCCUCUCCCCCAGCCUCAGUCUCACCCUUUUCCACAGCCUCAGUCUCACCCUCUCCCCCAGCCUCAGUCUCACCCUUUUCCACAGCCUCAGUCUCACCCUCUCCCCCAGCCUCAGUCUCACCCUCUCCCCCAGCCUCAGUCUCACCCUCUCCGCCAGCCUCAGUCUCACCCUCUCCCCCAGCCUCAGUCUCACCCUCUCCGCCAGCCUCAGUCUCACCCUCUCCCCCAGCCUCAGUCUCACCCUCUCCCCCAGCCUCAGUCUCACCCUCUCCCCCAGCCUCAGUCUCACCCUCUCCGCCAGCCUCAGUCUCACCCUCUCCGCCAGCCUCAGUCUCACCCUCUCCGCCAGCCUCAGUCUCACCCUCUCCCCCAGCCUCAGUCUCACUCUCUCCCCCAGUCUCACUCUCACCCUCUCCGCCAGCCUCAGUCUCACUCUCUCCCCCAGUCUCACUCUCACCCUCUCCACCAGCCUCAGUCUCACCCUCUCCCCCUGCCUCAGUCUCACCCUUUUCCACAGCCUCAGUCUCACCCUCUCCCCCAGCCUCAGUCUCACCCUCUCCCCCAGCCUCAGUCUCACUCUCUCCCCCAGUCUCACUCUCACCCUCUCCGCCAGCCUCAGUCUCACCCUCUCCGCCAGCCUCAGUCUCACCCUCUCCCCCAGCCUCAGUCUCUCUCUCUCUCCCCCCCUCCUUCCCCCAGCCUCACCGCCGCAGGAUCAUCCCUCUCCCCCAGUGGAAGGCCAACCCUGA